AGCAUGAGCGCGACUCGUCCUGCUCCGGCGGCAAAAAAACGACACAAAUUGAACGUUAUCAUCGACGAGGAGACGAACUGAAGUCGUGGACGAGGGGACUUUUGCGACGGACUGAAAAAUGGAACUUUGCUGCGGGAAAAGGAAAGCCCUGAGGAUUGUUGCAUCACACUGAGAUGGAGGGCUCUGGUAGUCCGCGUGUCAGAAAACUCCCUUUCCCUGUCGGUCUUUGGAUCAAUUCCCCCAGGAAGCAUUUUGCAAAGCUGGGGCGUCGUUGGCCCAGUGCUGUCUCUGUCAAGUCGACCACCAGCUCCGACGCGACCUCGCUUCACGAGGCCCCUUCCUCGUCCCUGUCUAACUCCACUCCCUCCCUGGCUUCCCUCAACCCGUCGCCGUCUCCUUCCCCGGCCUUCCUGAGGCCGCGACCGGCCGGGCCCCAGUCGCGCACCAAGCGCCUUUCCCAUCUCUUCCUGCGAGGGCGCUCCAACAGCGACCGGGAGCGGGCGCUGGGGGAGAAGGAGAGGGAGGUCUGGGCCUCGUCCUCCCACCACUAUGUGCCCCCGGUCUCCUCCUCCGCUCCGGGCCUGAUCAAGAUCUACGGGGAUGCGCUCUCCAGCGGAGCAAACUACCGCUCCCUGCUGGCCAACGUUCACUCGACAGCCCGGCAACUCAUCGCUCAGGUCAUCACCCGCUACACGGAGCGAGAGAGGGAUGAGACCGACGACGCAGUUCUUCAGAAGCACAUCCCCGAGGACUUCCUGUUGUGCGACGUCAUCGGAAAGCCCAUCCAGCAGCCAGAUGGGGCGAUCAAGUGGGAGACGGAGUGUCGGCGAAGCGUAGCCCUGUGGGAACGCCCCUUGUUGUUGGCGGACAUGUGGCGGCCCAAGGACGGACUGGAGCGGCGCUUUGAAAUCCAGAGGAAGGACGACUACGAGCGGGAGGAACGGGAGCGGGAGAAGGAGCGGGAGCGGGAGCGGGCGAGCGACAGCCAUCAAGGUGUGCGCUGGCGGCGCAGCAGGAUGUCGUCAGGGGGCGAGGCGGAGGAAGGCGAGCGUGGCCACCGGGGGAGGAACACGGAGCUGAGGCGGAGCAUCAGUGACAUGAACCUCAGCCUGAGGCGCCGCCAAGGCAACCACGUGACCGACGAGCCGCGCGGAAGUCGCAGCCGGCCCAGCAACAACGGCGCCGUGCAGGACCGGAAAAACAUUGUGAGCAUGAUCAACACGCAGCAAGAAGAGGUCCGAGGCUCCAAAGCGGAGGCGAAGGUGGUCUGGACCAAGCAGCCGCCGGAGGAGGAGCAGGACUACUCCGGCUGUGACCUGGAAACCAUGUCCCAGAGUCUGAUCCUGCCGCCGACCGACCGGCCCUACUUCCUGCUGCUGCAGGGCUACGACCAGAGCAAGGACUUUGUGUUGUACAUCAUGGCGGCGCACACACACGUGUUUGGGAGGAAGGCCACCGUGAAGGAGCGGGAGAGAGACAGAGAGAGAGAGAGGAAGAGCAAGAAGAUCCUGAAGGUGGACACUUUCCUGUCUGCACCCGACCUGCUGGUCAGACACCUGCUGGUGCGCAACCACUCUGCUGCUCCUGGGACACACACCACACCAGCCUUGAUACGACCUUUCAGAGGUGGCGACGUCACACACAAUGGGGGGGCUCUCUACCGGGAGGCCGUCCUCAAGCCCGGCGACGUCAUCGGCCUGGGCAGCCAUUUUCUCUUCUUGUACCGUGACCCCCGGGUGACCCCGGCGCCGCCACCGGCGCUGACGCUAUCCUGGCGCUCGGACGGCUCGCACCCCUGCUGCGCCUUGGGGCUGGCGGACAAGCAGGAGGCCCUCAGGCAGUACCUGGGCAGCCCGGAGUCCGUUCUGAAGUUCCAUCCUCAGCAUGCCGACACCUUGAUGCAGGAGAUACUGUCCAAAAACACCUCCCCCGACUCCGGAGGCGGGCCUUUGGCGCCGGCGUACCUUCUGUCAAUCAUGAUCGACCACGCCUCCAAGCACCUCGACCCCGCCCUCACGCCCCAGAUACUGCUCAAGGCGGCCAAUCAGAUUAAAGAGAUCGUCUGGGAAAACAUUAAGGAAUUCGGGGACAAGCAUCCCACGCAAAACUCCGCCGGGCAGGAAGGGGAGGUCGGCGCGGCCAACGUGCAGACGCUGUCGUCUGACCUCCGACCCCUGAUGUUCUGGAUGUCCAACGCCACUGAGCUCCUCAACUUCUUCCAGGUGAAGGUGGAGGCCAUGGAGAAGGAGUGGGAGUUUGAAGCCCCAGGCGAUCCGGUGUUGACAGCGGACAUGGACACGUGCUCCGAGGCGCUGGCUCAGCUGGAUGACGUCAUCAUGCACACCUUCCAGCAGUGUGUCUACCACCUAACAAAGACCCUCUACUCGCUCCUUCCCGCCCUGCUGGACACCAACCCGUUCUCCACCGAAGACAAGGGUGGCGCUGAAGGCGCGGACAGGGAGGACAAGACCCAGGAGGACGGGGACCACGUCUGCGCCCUGCCGCCCAAAGUCGCCGGUCUGCUGGAAGUCUACCGCUCGUCCCUGACCUUGUCCCGGGAAGCUAGUCUGUCCCCGCCGCUCACCUCCCAGACCUUCGGCUACCUCUUCUUCUUCACCAACACCUCCCUGCUCAACACCUUGCUGGAACGAGAUGGCCUGUUUUCCUGGUCCAGAGCUGUCCAGAUCCGCACAAACCUGGACUUGGUCCUGGAUUGGCUCCAGGGGGCGGGACUUGGGGACAUUGCCUCCGAGUUCAUGAAGAAGUUGUCGGUCAUCGUCAACUUUUUGUGUAUUCCUAAAACCCGACUGAUCCAGUCUUCGUGGGACCGCUUGCUGGAGGACCACGCCCUGCUCAGUCCUGCCCAGCUGCACCACCUGCUCACUCACUACAAGCUGGGGCCCAGCAGAGCCCCCCCGGCCUCCUGGGCCCCCCCGCCUGGCUCCGAGCUCAGCGGAGACAUAUUCGAGAGCUUCUUGGACCAUCCUCCUCUCAUCCUGCCCAAUGAGAACCCUCGUCUGAACCUCUCCCAGUCCAUCCCCAGUGCGGAGCUGCAAAAGGAAGUGACCCGUCUGCGCACCUACCUGUGGGGUCUGGACCAGGACGAGCUGCCGGCCAAUCAGAGGACUCGGCUUUGAGAGAUCAGGAUGAAUCAUUUUACAUUUUAAAAAAAACGGGUGUUUUUUCUGCGACAUUUUCAUAUCAGCUCAAUUACUAGUUUUGAAUUUUUAGUAAUAUGAAAGCAUUUGCUCUUUCAAAAUGUAUUAUUAUAUAUAUAAAUAUAAAUAUAUAUUAUUUGCACCA